AGGCGGGCGGCCGCCGAGCGCGCGCAGCGCGCCUUCGCGCGGGAGUUUGACGCCUGCGCCGCUGGACUCUCGGACCAGCUGGUCGCCCGCGGGGCGCCCGAGAUUGCGGGGGAUGAGCCGCCGAGCCUGAUGAGGCGACUGGACGAAGUUCUGAGCGAGGACGUGGGGUCGGAGCAGGAAAUGGCAGGCCGCGUCGGCGAGCUGAACGCGGUGGCCAGCGACCUCCGCGCGGCCGGCGUGGGGCGGAGCGAGGCGAGCUCCGCCGUGUGGUCCGGCAGCGAGGCGCCCGCGCCGCAGGGGCGCGCGCCGCCGCAGGCGGGCC